UUUUUACCUUUGAAGACAAUGUUAGGACCAAGAUAUGAUGAACAGGUUGCUGAAGAGAAUCGUUUUCACCCGAGUAUGUUAUCCAACUACUUAAAGAGUCUGAAGGUUAAAAUGGGUUUACUGAUAGACUUGACCAACACCAGUAGAUUCUAUGAUAGGAAUGAUAUAGAGAAAGAGGGGAUUAAAUAUAUAAAGCUCCAGUGUAAAGGGCAUGGCGAGUGCCCUACACCUGAGAAUACAGAAACAUUCAUCCGUGUAUGUGAACACUUCAGUGAUAAGAACCCCUCAGAGCUUAUAGGUGUCCAUUGCACACAUGGUUUCAACAGAACUGGAUUUCUGAUCUGUGCCUUUUUGGUCGAGAAGUUGGACUGGAGUAUUGAGGCUGCUGUGGCUACUUUUGCGCAGGCUAGACCACCAGGUAUUUAUAAAGGUGACUAUUUGAAGGAAUUAUUUCGUCGUUAUGGAGAUGAAGAUGAUGCACCAUCACCACCUCAGCUACCAGAAUGGUGCUUUGAGGAAGAUGAAGAGGAGGAUGAUGAUAAUGGUAAAACAGGAGGCCCAGAAUCAGAACCUGGAUCAUCAAGCUCUUCCUUUGGCAAGAGGAGAAAAGAACGCCUAAAACUGGGUGCAAUUUUCUUGGAAGGAAUAACAGUUAAAUAUGUGACCCAAGUGACAACACAACCAAAGUUAGGAGGAAUACAGCAAAAAUGUCAGCAGUUCUGUGGAUGGGAAGGGUCUGGAUUCCCUGGAGCACAGCCUGUUUCCAUGGACAAGCAAAAUAUUAAAUUUUUGGAGCAGAAGCCAUACAAAGUUAGCUGGAAAGCAGACGGCACUCGGUACAUGAUGCUGAUUGAUGGCAAGAAUGAAGUUUAUAUGAUUGAUAGAGACAAUUCUAUUUUUCAUGUAUCUAAUCUGGAAUUUCCAUUUCGUAAAGAUCUUCGCACACAUCUAACAAAUACUCUUCUGGAUGGGGAAAUGAUCAUCGACAAAGUUAAUGGACAGGUUGUCCCUCGGUACUUGAUAUAUGACAUUAUUAAGUUUAAUGGGCAGCCUGUUGGAGACUGUGAUUUUAAUGUUCGACUUGCCUGUAUAGAGAAAGAGAUUAUAUUGCCACGACAUGAAAAGAUGAAAAAUGGUCUUAUCGACAAAGCACAGGAACCAUUCAGUGUUCGAAACAAACCAUUUUUUGACAUCUACACUUCAAGAAAGCUCCUGGAAGGAAGCUUUGCCAGAGAAGUUAGCCAUGAAGUGGAUGGACUGAUAUUUCAACCUACAGGA